AUGUCUAGUCAUGUUUCGACAUCGCUCACCCUCGGUGAGAUGGCAUCGUUUGCUAUUCUCAUGCCAAUAAUCAUUGUAGCAGGGACGUUCGACUUUUUACGUCGAACGUGGCUUGAGAAAUGUAUCAGCUUCAAGACUGUCAAACGCAACCUCCAAAGGGCAUUCACUCGUCAAUUCACACUUCUAUCGCUAACGCAAGCUCGUGCUCUUAUUGGCGGUACGAGCGGGCAGGUAAUCGCGCGCGAGUGCGAAGCGAGAGGGCUACACCAUCUUUCUUUGCAGAUUGAUGUUUCGAGUGAUUUUCCGCCAGCCACUCUUCAUUUCAUUGACUGCGAGCCCAAAGAACCCGGCAGAUUUUACCUAUAUUUCCAUGGUGGAGGGUAUUGCCUACCAUUCCAACACCUCGGGCUCCCACUGAAAGAAGCUAUCGCUGCUGGAGCCUCCCUCUCGAUAUUGGAAUACUCCCUGGCUCCCGAGCACAGAUACCCGACACAGCUUGCUCAAGCUGCUGCUGCUUUACGACUUUUGUUACAGAGUCACCCAAUUUCCGACAUCAUCAUUGGAGGCGAUUCUGCAGGUGCUAACCUUACACUUGCCCUUCUCGCACAUCUCCGAGAGCCUCAUCCAAGAAUCACGCCCGUGUGCGGCUCAGGCACAGAGAGUCGCAAGCUUCUUGGUGCUAUCGCUACCAGUCCAAGAACAAGUGACAGGACAAACUUUGCAAGUAUCACGACGAAUGCAGGCAAAGAUUACAUGACUGUUUGGUUUUUGAAGAAUAUCAUAUUGAACUGGCAGCCGCUACCUGAGGUGUGGGCUGGAGCUGCACAUGGCGAUGCCACGUUUUGGAGUGACAUUCGGGCAGAGCGAGUUCUACUUCUUGUUGGCGGGGACGAGCUGUACCGCGAUGGGGUAAUAGAGGCCGGCAAGAUCAUGGGCGCUGGCGGGUCUGCCAGGUCGCCGGUUGAGCUUGUAGUCUGUCCGGGUGAGGUACACGUUCAGAUGGGUAUAGACUUGAUUCUGGGAAUUGAUGAUGGAUAUAUGCUGAAGACAGCUAUAAGUUGGUUUCGCUUUCUUAGAUCACUACAACAUUAA